AGGGCUCAUCGCGAUUCGCGACUUACAAAAAAACUGAUUUUAUUCGGGUCUUGUUCCAAAUAAUAAAACAGGAUAUAAAUUAUCUACUAAAGUGUAAUUAAUAUGUGAAUCAUUGUAUAAAAAUCCACCAUUUUAUAUUGGGCGGGCAAAAAUAUAAAUAACUAACCAUGUUCCGUAACAAUUUGAAAUUUUGCAUCCCCAAGAAUGUUGACAUUUCUCGUGGUAAACACACCAGUAAACUAGAUGCGAUCAGAGAAAAGCUCCGGGAAGGACCGGGUUUUGCUGAUUUUGUGUCUGAAGACAGGCCAAAAGAUUGGAAUGACUACGAAGGAAAGUUGAAAAGAGAAAAAGGUGAACGGGAUCGGCUGAGAUUGCCUCCGUGGUUGAAAACGACUAUACCUACAGGGUCGAAAUUUAGCGAGAUUAAGAAACAGUUGCGCACUUUGAAAUUGAGCACCGUUUGUGAAGAGGCGAGAUGCCCUAACAUCGGGGAGUGCUGGAGCGGAGGAAAGCAUGGCACCUCCACUGCUACUAUUAUGUUGAUGGGCGACACAUGCACCAGGGGGUGCAUGUUCUGCUCCGUGAAGACAUCUAGGACUCCGCCCCCGCUCGACCCGGACGAGCCUAAGAACACGGCGUAUGCCAUCAACCAGUGGGGACUGGGGUACAUCGUGCUGACUUCUGUCGAUAGAGAUGAUUUACCAGACGGUGGAUCGUCGCAUAUUGCUGAAACUGUAAAGGAAAUCAAAAGACAAAACAAAGAUAUAUUAGUGGAGUGCCUCGUGCCCGAUUUCCGCGGUAGCCGCGCCAAUGUCGAGCGCGUGGCUCUGUCCGGGCUGGACGUGUUCGCGCACAACGUGGAGACGGUGGAGAGGCUGACGCCCUUCGUCAGGGACCCGAGGGCCGGUUACCGACAAACCCUGAAAGUGCUUGAAACCGCAAAGGAAAUUAACCCCGAUCUGAUAACGAAGACAUCUAUCAUGUUGGGUUUGGGCGAAACUGAUGAGCAAAUCGAACAGACAAUGAAAGAUCUUCGCAACGUAGGCGUCGACUGUCUCACCCUGGGCCAGUACAUGCAGCCAACGAAGAAGCAUCUCAAAGUUUACGAAUACGUCACCCCGGCUAAGUUCAAACAAUGGGAGGAGAAAGGGAACGAACUAGGAUUCCUCUACACAGCCAGUGGACCACUAGUGAGGUCGUCUUAUAGGGCCGGAGAGUUCUUCAUUACAAGUCUCUUGAAGGAUAGGAAGGCUAAAAGUUUGUGACUGGUAGAUGGCGCUGUAUAAUAGUUGAGUUGUUUUAUCGACUGUCCUUACCCGCGGCGUUCCCAGUAUGUGUGUUACUUAAAACCUUGAAUGUUUAAAGCUUGUGAGCAUUAGUUAUAUUUAAUUGUGUUAAUAACUGUCUGUUUAUCGAUUGCGUAUCUUUUGGUUAAAAACAUGUAGCCAAUAUGAAAAUUAAUAGUUU